UGGCUGCUUGUCUCUGGGUUUCGACUUGGGAGCUUUACUACAAUUUUCGUUUCUUUGUCUGCAAUCCUUCAUCGCAUCUCGAAUUGCAACUUAUGGAUUCUGAUGCUAUUGAAGACUAACAAUUGGCUUCCUCCGGCUACUGGUUCAUGGUCAAAAUCCGAGAUUUAUCACUUCCUGGUUAUAUUUUAUACUUCGCAUACAUUUGAAUUCCGGGGUCGUAAUGGAGGACGGGGAGCUCGAUUUCUCAAACCAAGAAGUAUUUUCCAGCCCAAACGUGGGGGAGAUUCCAAGCAGUUGCUCUAUGGACAGUUUUUUCGAUGAACUUCUCAAGGACACUCAUGCUUGCACUCAUACACACACUUGCAAUCCACCCGGCCCAGAUUACUCACAUACACAUACUUGUUUUCAUGUGCAUACCAAAAUACUGCCUGCAGCAUCUGAGGAUAAGGUUUCAACUGACGACACUGCUGAAUCGGAAGAGAAGAAGUCAAAGAAACGACCAUUGGGGAAUCGUGAGGCAGUUCGCAAGUAUAGGGAAAAGAAGAAAGCUAGAACAGCAUCUUUGGAGGAUGAGGUUGUAAAGUUGAGGGCUUUGAACCAGCAAUUGCUGAAAAGGUUGCAAGGGCAGACAGCAUUGGAGGCAGAGAUUGCGAGGCUUAAAUGUUUGCUUGUGGAUAUCCGGGGGAGGAUUGAAGGGGAGAUUGGAUCUUUUCCCUACCAGAAAUCUGCUAAUAUGAAUUUGGCUAAUCCAAAUAUGCCUGGUGCAUAUGUGAUGCAUCCAUGCAACAUGCAGUGUGGUGAUCAAAUGUAUUGCCUUCAUCCAGGAAUGGAAGGCAAAAGUGGAGAGGGUACAUCAAUGAUUGGGCAAGGAUACAAUGGUUGUGAAUUUGAGAAUUUGCAGUGCAUUGCAAACCAGAAUUCAGAAAACAAAGAGCUGUCUGGUUGUGGUCUUGGGAGUGUAGGUACCAAUGCCAAUUCUACUGGGACCAACAAAAGGAAAGGAUGGGCUCGUGCUGCAACCGCAAAUUGAUGCACUCUUCAAGUGGCGUUGUCCUUCUAUGUGGGCCUGUGGGGGUGCUUAAUGCCAUGCAAUGAUAUUUGCUGUUUUGCAGUUUUUGUUUCCUCAGGUGACCAAUGUUCUUUAUUUCUUGUCUUUUUAUGUAUCAUAGUUGUAGGUCAGGGUGGACUAGAACCCCCCUUAACCCUUUAUGCUUGAUUCAAGUUUCUGGCUCCUGACCAGGAAGGAAGCCCCAAGUAUGUGUUGCGGCAGUUGCGCAGGGUAUUUAAACCUUUGGUUUUUCAAUUGCAGACAAUCUAAUUUGGUUGGCAAACUUAUUUGAUUAAUGAGACUAGAAUUCACAUUCUUUGA